CAGGCUCCACUUUCCCCUAGCCAUCCAUACCUCACCCAGCUCCUUCACUUAGCACCAUUUCCUAGUGUGCCCGUGUGCCCAAUUUUUCUUUUAACCCUCUCCCUCUCUCUCUCCUCUCUCUCUCUCUCUCUCAUGGCUGCUGCAACUAGUGGCACUGGCUCCCCUUGUGGUGCAUGCAAAUUUCUCCGGCGGAAGUGUGCCGUGGACUGCAUUUUCGCGCCAUACUUCUGCUCGGAGCAAGGGCCGGCCAGAUUCGCAGCGAUUCAUAAGGUGUUUGGUGCUAGUAAUGUGUCAAAGCUGCUGUUGCAUGUCCCGGUGGCUGAUCGCUGCGAGGCGGUUGUCACAAUUGCUUAUGAAGCUCAAGCAAGGAUUAGAGAUCCUGUUUAUGGAUGUGUCUCCCAAAUCUUUGCCUUGCAACAACAGGUGGCAUGCUUGCAAACACAGCUGAUGCAAGUGAAGGCUCAACUGGCACAUAACCUAAUUGAUUUGAGGAAUGUAGAGAGUCAAUGGCCGGGGAACAUGGCCGGAACGCAGUCUUUUCCGGCUCAUCCGAUUCACACGAUGAUGAACUCUUUCUCACCUCAGAGCUCACUUGAGUCGAUUGAUCACACAAUUGAUGGUCUGGCAAUGCAAGAAAUAGAAAGCAGGGUUGAACCUUCAUUCCAACCUUACAGUAAGAAGAGACCUUCUCAGAAUGACUUGGGUGAGCUUCAAGAACUGGCUCUUAGGAUGAUGAGGAACUGAUGGAGUUAUCAUGUUUCUUGUAUGAAAUGUGAUGUUGACAAUAGUACUGAUCUAUGCCUUAAUUAGUGAUGUAUAUACAGAGACUAUGGAGAAACUUCUUAUAAUGUUAUAAGCCUAAAUUAGGCAUUUUCUGUUUAGUUUUCACAAAUGCUAUGUUUAACUAAUUUCGAUUUCAAAUUCAAGGCUCACAACUGCAUUAAUUUAGAA